AUGGUUGGGCCUUCGUUACCAGCAUGCCUUGCUUUUGGGACUAUGCUACUCAGCGGAAUUGCUCUGGCUGACGAAUGCCAGCCUUCGACCUGGUCGCCCAAGAUGAUGUCGCUGUCAUCAAUUACUCGUGUUGGCGAGGUCAAUUGCCGAUAUAAGACCACGACAGGAUCCAAGAUCAACGGUGACACCUGCUCCUCGUUGGCAAAGAAAUACGAAACUAUGGUAGAGGUGAUUAUGAGCUUGAAUCCCACUCUGGUUGUUGAGCCGGAGCGCGCAUGGGAUGGGCUCUGCGGCCCCAUGUGCAAAAACACCUGCCUAGGUACUGGGAAGCAGUGUUGCAACUCGAAAACGUGGAGGUGCGGAAACGCAGACGAGGAUUGCCGGGCUAACAACUGCUAUGAGGGUGCCUGCUUUGAUAAAUGGUUCUCGUUCUGCAUUUCUAUCGUGGACUAA